CCUGUUUUUCAUAUUUUAGCGUCAAAUGUAUGACAACGUAGGCUGGAGGUAUUUACUUUAUAUGUGUAGCUUUAAAAAAAAUGUAUUAUUACACAUUAACUCUGCGUACUCAAUUAAAACCCCCUUUUUUUAAAAAAAGGCCAGUUAGCAUGAACGUACAGCGUACAAUAAACGAUUAAUCAUGGCAGCACGUGUCAUGGUAAGAGGUCUGUAAAGUGUUUAGCGUACUCCUGCGUCCACUUGCUAAAACAAACACCCAGUCAGUCCUGGCAGCACUGGGACGAACGACAGCUGUGACUCCACUCCAGGUUUUCCCGCCCACUCCUCCCUCCAGCGCCGACGACGAGGUUUUGGCCAGCGGAGACCGUAGGUUGCGUCUGGUGGAGGGAGAGUGAGCGGGGCUGCCCUGAAUGGAUUGACAUAAGAGGGAUUUACAUUUUAACGGGUGUCGCGCUCCGCAAAGACUACACGGUGCACGCUGAAAACCAACGAUUCCGCUCGAUGUUCGUCCGCGGUGCCGCUCGUAUCAUGUCCAUGUGUCAUCGUCGGGAGGGGAUUGAACUUGCCAGCCGUCUAUAUUUGCCGAGGAGGGAAACCAAUACAAGGUCUCGCUGUCUCGCUGGAGCGGAGUAUUAUUAGCAGUUCAGACAGUGCAACUGUCUCUCUCUGGUCAUGCACUGCAAUAACAUGGUAAGGACAGCAUCAUAAUUUACAAUUCGAGAGUGAGCCAAGAAAGAGGACGAUUUGAAAAAGAAACAACAAAUUGUGUGCUGAGCGAAAGAUAAGCAUUCACCUUGCUCCCAUGCUGGCUGCCAGAAAUCCUCCCCUCCACACCCUCAGCCAUGCCUGCUACCACCAAACCCACCAGGAGACAGACACCUGCUCAGAGAAAAAAUGUCCAGAAGGUGAUCAGCACCAAAAGGCGAACCUGUAACUCAAAUAAACCCAGAGGAAGAGCCAAUGAGAGGCCCCAGAAAACACCUGCAGAGCCCAAAAGGACUGCCGCCAGGGCCCAGACACAGUCAGGCAGAAGUCCACAUGGAAGAGGCGUAAGUGGGCCUGCUGGUCAGGGCCCUGGGAGGUCCCCUGGCACAGUUAACCAUGCCCUAAAUGUAACAGGAUCUGCGAGGCUUAGACGACCGAGCAAUCCGCCUGACCACUCUUGCGAGUUAGAAGACCCCCUAGGGCGAAGGAAGUCCCUGCGGGGCGCAGGGGUGUCUGUUACUCCUUGCCAGCCUCCUAAACCUAGCAGAGGAGGGAGGAACAGCAGAGGGGGUGCACGGAAAGUAGCAGCAUCGCGGCAAAUAAACACAAGAAACCAGCCAUCAAGCACCAGCAUCAAUUAUUCAACCCCUGACGAGGAAAACGAGAAAGUGGACGCUUGUGAUGCUCGAGAAAUCCUACCAGUGUCUCUAAAAACUGAGUUUGAAGUUCCUGUGAGCAUCAAAGACAAGGGUCUUGGAGUCAGCAAUGCUAAAGAGGGCAGCCCUCUUAAAGCAGAUUCACCACCAUGUAACGACACACCGGAAGACUGUAUCCAGUGCAGCUGUGACAGCUCUACAACCCAACAAGACAAAAAGAAUAUCAGCCCCAACAGUGAAGGUGACCUGAGGUGUGGGAGCCCUGUGUGUGACGACGCUGAUGGACAGCUAGAACUCUGCAGUGACAGCGGUAAAGAUAGCCUCUCUGCUCCUUCUGCGCUAACGAGUAUUGGCUCUGCAGGGGUGCGGGGUGGAAGCGAGGGAACUGACAGUUCAUCUGUCCUUGGAAAUAAGCUUGAUCAUCUUGUCAGUGACGGUAACCAAGAUGAUGUGUGUCCUGUCCAACAAGAAGAAGGCAACAUGCUAGACCUGACAGAGAACAGGACGGAUGAAGGAGUGAUAGUUGUCACAGAGAGGAAAGAGAAGCUAAAUCAUGAGAGAAGAGAGAAUUUAGAGGCAGAGAAGGCAUUUGAGAGACUAAAUGAGACUGUGGAAGAGAUGGACGAGGAUGUUGCGAGGCUGGGAGAGGAGGGAGCGAGAAGAGAAAAGGAGAAUGAUGUUUCCAUCAGUCCUGCUGACUCCCACCCCAACGCUCCAGCCCCUCAACCUCCAGACCCACCUCAUUCUAACAAUGGACUGACAGCACAGUCAGAAUCACCUGUAAGUGUGCCACCUGUCUCCAACAUAGCUACCUCAAAUCCCACCAAAGCCCCCUUCACCUCAGAGUCACCUAAGCUAGAGGUUCUGAGCCAGGGUAAGACAGACAUACAACCUACCAUUCAUGGUGCUAAACCUCCAGGGUCCUUAGCUGUCGCCGAACCUUCUCUGAUGGUGCAGACUGUUCUUGUUAAAAGAAAUACGCCGGUUAUUGUCCGUAGUGACUCCUUCAAACCUAGGAGCUUUAGGGAUUUGAGCCAGGGGGGACCAUACCAACUGCUAAGCCCAGAGAUCCCUUCUCCUCAGGGAGGAAGACAAGCUUGCACACCAGCAGAGACACAGACCAAAGACAGCGAAUCCAAUCGAGAGCCAUUAGAGCGCCGCAGCCAGAGAGAGACAUCAGCACCUCAGCUGAACACUGAUGCGCUUACAGCUGAGUGUGACCCAAACCUCAGCCGGGGCAGUGUUAUGAUGGCCGUGCCAGAGCCGGACUCAGUGCCAAAGAUCUCGACUCCUUCUCUGGAAAGUAGCUCCACAUUCUCCUGCAGCUCAGAAAGCACUCGCUCCUCUUUGUCUUUUGACACUGAAUCAGAGGCAGGGUACGGAGAGCCCAGCCCCUCUACUCUACCUGGAUCCUGGGGGCCUGAGGCAGCUUGUUUUCCCUCCUGGACCACUCGUAAGUCUCAGAAGGAGAGGAAGAAGCGGAGCAGGUGUGGGAUGUGCGAGCCCUGCCUGAGGAAGUUUAGCUGUGGACAGUGCAGCUGCUGCCUCAACCGCAGGACUGGCCACCAGAUCUGUAAGCUGAGGAAGUGUGUAGAACUGAAGAGGAGAAGACCUUCAUCUCCGCUCACUCUCUCUGCUGCACAGGUGGUUCCAGAAAGUGGGUCGGUAAAUGGCAAAGGCAAGGCACAGAUGGAUGAUACCCACACGGCAGCAGAGGAGGAUGAGGGGGAGGAAGGCCACAUACCUCAUACACAAUCUCCCCACAUCACCUACUCGCUCACCCACAAUCUGGCCUUGGACCAAGCCGGACGACCAGCACUUGUUAAAAGAGAGCCGGGGCAGGAGCUGACCAGCAUUGCACUUCACCAACAUGUAUGCUCUUCUGUGACUUUUCAGAAUGGUUCUGCAGAGAACCUGACAAAACCUAACGGUGCUAAUAUGACCACUGGGUCACACUCUGAUCUGAAGUCUGCCUAUAAAAGGACUACGAUUGCAUCAGAGCCUCAAAGGACUAUAAUCGCUGCAGUCCCUAAAGACCGGCCUGAGAAUGGACCCAAGGCUCCCUCAGACGACAUGUCAGUCCCGCUGAAGAAGAUCAAACUUGAGGAGCCAUGGCUGUGGAUCACUGAGCAAGCCACCACGCAGCUGAGUGAUGAAGAGGAGGUGUGUGAAGACCCGCUGUCCACACUGGCGGCCGUGGUGUGUCUUUCUGUCACAGAGAGGAAGGGACUGGAGGAGAAACUUUUCAGCUCGCGAUCUUCCAUUCUUUGCUCUAUCAAAGCUGAGCCACCUGAUUUGCACUUCGUCAAGAAAGAGCCUGAGGACUUAAAGAAUGACUUGUGUCAGAAAAGCACUCCUGUUAACCUGCAAAGGAUUCCCCAGCCUAUCAAAAGUGAACCUCCUCCAAGUGUCUUGCUACCAAGCGUGCAGUCUUUGGCAGAGAAGAGAAAUCUUAGUUUUGAUCAGGCAAUUGCUAUUGAGGCCUUGACUCAACUGGCAGCUAUACCUCAAAGCACCCCAGGGUCCAUUAAAGCUGGAAGUAAGUGUGAACUUCCCAUUUCUACUGCUGCCUCCAGUACAAAUACAACCCCGCAUGAAGCCAAACCCACAGCAGCUAUUCGCUACAACAAAGUGUCGGUCAUCAGCUCACCACUACACCAGACAUCAGUCAUACGCCCUCCUGUGGCCAGACAAGGGAAUGUCAUCACAAAGCUGUCCCUGCAGGACCGCUUGGACAAUGAUAACACACCCUGCAGGAGGACAGAGCAGGGCUUUACCUCUCAUGUCAUCAAGUCGGAAUGCACCUAUAAAGAUCCCAGUGACAUGAAGUUCAGUCAAGAUCAUGAGCGGCUGUUUGGGGAGGACAGAGAUAGGGCUGUCGAUAAAGUGAGGAGAAACAGAGACGAGGAGGAGGUGGCAGCUCAGUUGGCAGACCUGGCCUUUAUCAUCCAGGCCCGGCAGAACCAACAGUCAGAGAACAACCCUCCGAAAGGGACACCUGUGUCGGCUAUCAAAUAUAACUACAACUCCCAGCUACCCCCCAGUCAGAAAAAGCCUCUCAUUAAAAAAGCAAAAGCCACCCCCUCCAAACCCAGGAAGAAGAAAAGUGAUGGACUACCUGAGGGAAUCAACUGCAGGACCCCCCUCUCAAAACGCAUGCCAAAUGGAGAGACGUCGCACCGGAGCAAAGCCAGGAAGAUUCUCCCCCAGGGGAAAUCAGGCCUUCACCACAAGAGGAACCUGUUCCUGCCUCAGGCUCAAAUUGACCUGAAGAGAUACUUGGCUGAGGCUCAGGAGGAAAGGCGGCAACUCAUCCAUCAGAGUAAUUCACACAAUACUACAGCCCUCUUAGGGCCACAGACUCACAACUACAGCACUCUCACGAGAAUAAACCACAUUCACGGUCAAGAGACCCAGCCAUGGUCCCUUUCAAAUGGUCCACUCCACCAACAAAGCCCCUGUAGUAAUGGUCACGCUGCAGGACCAGGCCCAGAGAGUGAAAGGCAUUUGUUAUCUCAGGUACCGCAGCCCUGUGGUGGGCUGCAGCACGGUGCUGACCUGAGCGCCAGCCCAGCUAAUCCCGCCUUUCUCAGCCACACCACCGGGCACCAUGGUCUGGCUAAUGGCUUCUCAGGGGCUCGACAGUCCCCUCCUCCAAGCCAGCAGGGCUACUACAAGCUGGAGAGAUCAGGGCCUAUCACAGUCCUGUCCACAGUUAAUGAUGGGGAUAUGGGCCACUCUGCAGAGUCUACUCCAUCCAAGAACAGCGUCAACAGCUUUCUGGAGUCUCCAAUGAGUUUUCUAGACACCCCCACCAAGAACUUGCUCAAUACACCUUCCAAAAAACUGUCUGAUCUUCCAUCCUGUCAAUGCGUGGACCAAAUCAUUGAGAAGGAGGAAGGCCCUUACUAUACUCACCUUGGGGCAGGACCUACUGUUGCUGCAGUGAGGGAAAUGAUGGAGAACAGGUAUGGUACCAAAGGAAAUGCAGUAAGAGUGGAAGUUGUUGUUUACACUGGGAAAGAAGGAAAGAGCUCCCAGGGGUGUCCAAUAGCUAAAUGGGUGAUCCGGCGUGGCAGCGAAGAGGAGAAGCUGCUGUGCUUGGUCCGCCAGAGGCCAGGGCACCACUGUGAGAAUGCCGUGUUGGUGAUCCUCAUCCUGGCAUGGGAGGGAAUCCGUCGGCCAGUGGCGGACAAUCUGUACCAGGAACUCACACGGUCCCUCUUUAAAUAUGGCUCCCCCACCAGCCGCCGCUGUGCCCUCAAUGAAGAUCGUACUUGUGCAUGCCAGGGUUUGGACCCGGACACCUGCGGAGCUUCGUUUUCCUUCGGCUGCUCCUGGAGUAUGUACUUCAAUGGCUGUAAGUUUGCUCGCAGCAAAGUGCCCCGCAAGUUCCGCCUGCUUGGAGACUACCGGGAGGAGGAGGAGAAGAUAGAGAGCCACCUUCAGAGUCUCGCCACUGAUCUUGCACCGCUCUACAAAAGACUGGCUCCUGAGGCCUUCCAAAACCAGGUGGAAAAUGAGGAGGCAGGGGGUGACUGCCGGCUGGGCUCGAGGGAGGGACGUCCUUUUUCUGGGGUCACAGCCUGUGUGGAUUUCUGCGCCCACGCCCACAAGGACACUCACAACAUGAAUAACGGCAGCACUGUGGUUUGCACUUUAACAAAGGAAGAUAACCGUGCAGUGCGUAACAUACCAGAAGACGAGCAGCUCCACGUUCUGCCACUCUACAGGAUCUCUGACAGGGAUGAGUUCGGUAAGGCUGAGGGCCAGUGGGCGAAGAUCCGAAGUGGCGCGCUGCAGGUUCUGUCCUCCUUUCCGCGAGAGGUGCGUCUACUAGCCGAGCCAGUAAAAUCAGCCCGUAAAAUAAGGCAAGAGGCUCGCCAAAAGGCUCAGGCUGAGAAACUGGAGAAAAAGCUCGGGCUGACUUCUCUCACCCCUGGGAAAGUGAAGAGUGAAACCCCCAACAAAGACCCUCAGGGCUACUACGGCUCACAGAGACUACCACCCAGACCUGCCAGCGUUGGAAGGCUCCCACAAGACAGGACUCAACCCAGCACUUACAGCCAGAGCACCAGCAGCUACCCCACUCUGGGUCAGGGGGAGGUAAUCUCCCCCAACCACCACGGCCUGCCCGGCAUCCAGUUUGAACACAAUGGUUCAGCUCUUAAUUAUAGGACAACAAGUGAUGCCAUGAAUGGUUAUGCUCCUUCAUCUGGUGACCAGAGUGUGACAUCAGAACGUAUACCUCCACUUAAUACUCUUAGGGACUACCCCCGGACUUUUAAAACUGAGCCCAACGAGGUGCACUGCUCUCCUCUGCGCAGACCCUCCCCCAGUGGGAGUGCUCCUCCUCCCUCCUCCUUCUCCCCCAGACCUACCUCUGAGGGCCUCUUCAGCAGGCUCAAUGGACUCCACAGGGCUGCCGGAGAUGUUGCAGCUGAGGUCAGGGGUCAUGGCCUCCAUCUGCCUUCACCUCUCCCUCUCCCUCCACAAACUCUCCCGCUCGAACCAGAAGAAGUGAAGCAGGAAGAGGUCUGGUCAGACAGUGAGCACAACUUCCUGGACCACAAUAUAGGCGGAGUUGCCGUGGCACCGUCACACGGCUCCAUCCUGAUAGAGUGUGCGCGGCGGGAGCUCCACGCCACCACCCCUAUCCUCAGGCCAAACCGCAGCCACCCCACCCGCAUCUCCCUGGUCUUCUACCAGCACAAGUCUCUGAACGAACCAGGCCACGGGAUGGCUAUGUGGGACGCCAAAAUGGCCAAGAGGGAGCGCGAGCGGGAGGAGGAGGCUGAGAGAUUACGGAUGGAGGACGGAAAGAAUGGAGCUGGAGGCGUGGAGCUGCAGGAGGGAGCAGAGGAGGAGGCACAGGAGGCAAGGAGGGCCAUGAAUGUUCCCACACGUCAAGCAUGGACUCUGCCGAGGGACGGCGUCAUCACCGUGUCCCCUUAUGCUCUUACGCAAGUGACAGGCCCUUACAAUCGCUGGACUUAGUCGACAUGUUUUACACACACACACACACACACACACACACACACACACACACACAAAACUCCUACACCCUGUGCUUCUGCCUUACCUCAAUCAACUUCAAACUGCUACUCUCAUUUUUACGUCAUUUUCAUUGUGCUUUUUUCUAAUAUCCGUUUGUUCACUUUGUCCUUCCUCAUCUCUGCCUUCAAAGCGAUGAGGAAGAGCAAAGUUUGUUGGCUUUUCAACUGUGAGUUUCCGUGUAGUUUUUUUUUGUAAAGAGAUGGUGCUUUGAAGCAUUUUAAAGACGUUUUUAAACUGGUUUUAUAUACAUGAUUAAGAACGAAAAAAAGAUGUGAUUAUUUAUUCUGAUCAUAACGAUUUCUAUUUAAUUCCUGGUGUAAGCCUGUUUACUGCAAGAUUUCUAUGAUAACCUGCAUCAUGUGUUGAGGCUCGGAUUUUAUGUUUUUUAUGUACAGUAGGACUAUGCUCUUUAUUUUCAGCCAGCGGUUCUCUUUUCACAAGAUAAAUCUCGUUGGCUUUUACAUCGGUGCCAUUCUCACUGUAACCUUCCUUUAGAAAACUCGUCACAUGUAGAAAACAAGACUAAUAUUGUGCAUAUAUUUACUACAUAUUGUCACAUGUAGCAUCGUGCUUUUCCCUCUGCUGCCUCUGACUUCUGCUGGCAGGCGAGGAAAGAAGCGUACGUCUUUGGUUUGUUGUUUUUUGUUUAUUUUCUCUCUACGUCUGGAUGGUUUGUCUUUUAUUCACAGAUAAUGUUUGGCAUAUUAAGAAGCACUUUUUUUCUGUUUUUGUUUUCCUAAACCUAACUUGAAAAAGGUCCCAAACCAUAGGCCUGAAUAUGUAUGUACAGAUAGAGAUAUAUAUGACAGUUUAGCAUGAACCCAGUUUUAUUUUUACAGUAUUUUCUGCAUUUAUUUGAUUGAAAAUGGCAUACAUAUCUAAAGAAAUUCAAAGCUUGGCAUAACGAGGAAACGAGAAAUGCUGCAACAAAGAAGUGCUUAUCAUUAUUGGCACCUGGAUUCACCUCCUGGAAAAGGAAUUUAAAAAUCUUUCAAAGGGCACAAGUGUGAUCAUAGGAAUCGAAAACCUUACUGUACAUUUAAUGGUGCUAAUGAGAUCUCUGUUGUUUUUCACAGAAAUCACAGAGUGUUAGAAUUGAGUACAAAACUGUGUUAGCCAAUGCUGACUAAUCAAACAAUUUCUUCUUCUGCCUCCUCUUCGCUCUUGUUGGAAAACCACUCAAACAUCAGAUCCCACUCAGACGAUUGCCUAAGACGAUUUUUGUGUGCUUGACCCUUGUGAAGACUUUGUUUACAGAUAGCUUUUUUUUUUUUUUUACAGUGUCUGAAUAGUGGGGUUGUCGUCAACUCCUGGUGAAUCAGGAUUUGUAUUUUCUACUACCCAUGAAAGAGAAGCUCUUCAUUUUAAGAACUCAUUGAUGACGUUUCAGCACAACCAACACAGACCUUUCACUGCUAUCACACUAACACUGGUGGUGUCACGUUUCCUGCGAGAAACAUUUUGAAUUUUUACACACUUGGACUUCUUUUUGGUGCUAAUAGGAAAAGAUGUCAAGUUACCGAACAUGGUUUUAUACUGAACAGUGAUGGCAUGGUGCUUUUUUGGAAACUCAGCACACACUGAUCUGGUAUGUGAUUCAGUACUAAGGUAGUUUCGUCAUUUCUCUGGAUGAUAACUGUCUGACAACAGACUGAGAUGCAUUACUAUCCCACCAUUGAAUAUGAGUAUCAGUAAAAAAAAAAAAAAGAAAAAAAAAGAAAAGCAAAUUAUUGUGCAGAUCUAGGGUUCAAACGUCUUCCAUAGAGAACCAAACUCUCAGAAUCACAACACACACACAGAGUUAAAUGAAUGUAAACAGUUUUUAAAUAGAUUGAUUUAUAAAGGACAUUUUAGACUUGUAACUUCUCUUUUGAUUUACUGUGGGGACGUUCUCAGUCCACAUUGAAAGUCUUUGUAUCAACGAGGAACUAACAACUAGCACCAGCAUUUAAAAAUAUGAAAAGAAAAAAAAAAACCUUUUAAUAGUAGAAAAUGUGUAAAUAUGUAUGUGAACCAUAUUGUUUUUACUGUACUGUUAAUGGUGUUUAGACAAUGGAUGAUCUUGCUUAUUUUGAAACUGAAUUACUGUACGUUGCUGAAAGUAUAUCCAGUUUAGACUUGAGAAGAGACUAAAUUUAGCAUUCCUUUUAUGGAUGGCUGAUCUCUUUCGGGAUUGUGAAAUAAAGUCAUAUUUAUAUUUUGGACCUGA